AUGUUGGUACUCUUAUUUGUUUUGAGGAACCUAGCCAGUCUCAGUGCUGGUGAAAUACCGGCUACUGCUAUGUCGAGUUUCUCCCGCUCUGGCGAUGUGAUUCUAGGUGGACUUUACCCAAUUCAUAGCUGGGUUAGCGGGUUGCCGUGCAGCGGCAUGCUAAGCAGGUCGUCUUUAGAGCGCACCGCUUUGCAGAUGUACGCGAUAGAGCAAAUAAACGCACGGCAAGAUCUACUGCCAAAUGUCACCAUCGGGUUUGAUAUUCGUGAUAGCUGUUUCUCCGAGACCGUGGCAAUGUGGUCAGCUCUCGCACUUGCUAGCACCGCGGAGCUACCCCAAGAUGACGUAGAGUUCAAACGGAUCACCUCACCACAGCGCGGUAAACUCCUCUGCAUCAUCGGUGGGACGUCAAGUUUCACUACCAUACCGGCCUCGCUAGCGGCUAGUCUGUAUCGCAUCCCGAUGAUCUCCGGCUAUGCCACUAGCAAUGAACUCAGCGUCAAGUCUCGAUUCCCGUACUUUGCCCGCACUGUCCCAGCCGACAGUCUCCAAGCUACUGCCAUCGUGGACAUCCUUCUGCACUUUGGCUGGAAAUACAUCGGGAUGUACUUUCAGCUCAACAGCUAUGGGAUCCACGGUGCCCAAGCUGUGCUUGACCUAGUGACAAAGCAUGAUAUAUGUGUGGCGUUUUCUGUGCCGGUCCGACCGGAGGCACCCGAGUCUGAAAUGGAAGAGGCCGUACUGAAUCUGGAGACAUUUCCAAGUGCCAGGGUGGUGGUUUUGAUUACGUACACCACGGUGGCGGGCAGAAUCCUUGACUUAAACGCGAAGCGAGAAGGAAGCCCCAACAACAUCGUUUUCGUCGGCAGUGACGGGACGGGUAGCUGGGCAAGGAAUAACUUAAACUCGUUAUUACGCGGUUCCGUUUUUGUCAAUCUUAACUACCAGGAGAUCCCUGGCUUUCCGGAGUAUUACAGCAAUACACAGCUCCAGGAGGACCCAUUCAACCCCUGGUUCCAGGAAUACAAAGAUGAGUGGAUGCAGUCUAAGGGUUGCUCUAAUAUCAGUAACUGUACGAUACCGAUUGAUAAUAACGACAGCACUAUGGUUGAUGCUAUCUACGCAUUUGCCUAUGCUCUACACGACUUGCUCCAAGACCGCUGCAACAACAGCAUCAGCUGCCGUGAGUUGACUCCGUUCAUAUCUGGACACGAGUUGAUCCCGUACAUACAUAACUUAAGUUUCCAGGGUCUCAACAACCACAUCACCUUCGAUUCAAACGGCAACCCAGGUGGGAAUUACCAGGUCUUCGGUCACCGUGGAGAGCACGGGCUCGUCCAGAUCGGGUCUUGGGUCAGUUCCACUGAGGCUCCUCUGCGAAUCAAUUCCUCGGCAGUUGAGUUGGCCUGGGGGUCGCAGAGCCCACCUGUCUCGCUCUGUCGUGAAGUAUGCCAGCCUGGGUACGUUGAGGUACCCCUGCCGCAGAAGUGUUGCUACGGGUGCCGGCAGUGUCCUAGUAACGCCCGCGUCAUGGGUUCCGAGUGUGAACCCUGCCCGAAGGACAGAUGGCCUGAUGUCAGCUUCAAGGAGUGUCUCAUAAUCGUCCCCACUCCUCCAAACUGGAACGAUCCUGUGGUAAUCUUCAUCCUCAUCAUGUCGUGCUUUGGGUUGAUCCUUUCUGGACUAGCAGCGUCUGGUCUAAUCUACCAUCGCAACAACUCUCUCAUCAAAGCAGCCAGUCGAGAGCUGAGCAGCAUUAACAUCCUGGGCCUCACCCUAGCCUUCCUUGCUCCGUUCCCGCUCCUAGUACCACCGACGGAUGUUUCAUGUAUAACAUCAGAGAUGAUUGUCUCUCUGUGCAUCACACUGACCUACGCACCCACACUUCUGAAGGUAAACCGAAUCUUCAGGAUCUUUGAGGCGGCAAAGAAGUCUAAAAAAUGUCCCCGCUUCAUCGGUUCACGAUCGCAGGUCGUCAUCGUGCUUAUUGCACUGGUUGUGGUGGUCUUCAUGUCCAUCAUUGGUACCCUGAUCCAUCCCUCCAGACCAGCCAAGCUGUUUUUCUCUCCUCCAACCAAUUACGUUGAAGCUUACUGCGCGUUCGGCUACGGCUUCCUUGUAUCCUCAACCUACAACCUCGUUCUCAUCCUGGCAUGUUGCUACUACGCAUUCAAGGCCCGCCGGGUACCAAGUAACUUCAACGAGUCUAAAUUCAUCGCUAUUAGUGUCUACUCCACGCUGGUAUUCGGCAUGGCGGCAGUGCCAGUCUACAUCACCGCUAUGUAUACACUGCAGAAGGUGGCCACGUUCUGUAUCGCCAUCUUGCUGAAUUCGUUCUUGACGCUGUGCUGUGUCUACAUGCCCAAACUGCACGCCAUCAUACUCGAGAAGGAUGUUGAGCUUUGUGAGUGGAGAGUCAAUACAAUAACUAUGGCUGAACCUUCUACUGUUGCUUCGAAGCCAAGUCCUGAUAUGCGUAGGGUUAUCAAUGUCAGACCUGCUUCAGUUGUUAUCUAA